AUGUCCGACACCGAGGAAGUUGGAGAAAAGGAGGAGAAGCCAAAGUUCAAGCCCAGCGCUCCUAAAAUCCCAGAUGGUGAGAAAGUGGACUUUGAUGACAUCCAGAAGAAACGUCAGAACAAGGACCUGGUCGAGCUCCAGGGCCUGAUCGAUGCUCACUUUGAGUGCAGGAAGAAGGAGGAGGAGGAGCUGAUCGGCCUCAAGGACAGGAUUGAGAAGCGUCGUGCUGAGAGAGCUGAGCAGCAGAGAGUCCGUGCUGAGAAGGAGAAGGAGCGUCAGGCCAGACGUGAGGAAGAGAGGCGGAUCAGGGAGGAGAGUGACAUCAAGAAGAAGGCAGAUGAGGAUGCAAAGAAGAAGUCGGCUCUGACCAGCAUGGGCUCCAACUACAGCAGCCACCUGCAGAGAGCCGACCAGAAGAGAGGAGGAAAGAAAGAGACUGAGAGAGAGAAGAAGAAGAAGAUCCUGGCCGCCAGACGCAAGCAACUCAACAUCGACCAUCUGAACGAAGACAAGCUGAAGGAUAAGAUCAACGAGCUGCAUGAAUGGAUGACCCAGCUGGAGUCUGAGAAGUUCGACCACAUGGAAAGACUGAAGAGGCAGAAAUACGAGGUUACAACCCUGCGUAAGAGAGUGGAGGAGCUCAGUAAAUUCAGCAAGAAGGGAGCCGCCGCCCGCCGCAGAAAGUAGAUCGUCUCAGAAAGCAAACUGCGAUCGUGUCGGACACACGCCUGAUGAAACAACUCUUGAGGCGGCGAAGGUCGUAGCUCAGAAGAAGCCCGUAACGCUGAGGUGGACUCCAACCCACGUCCUCAUAGAUGCAACCAGGAGCCUUUAGCUGCUGUUCAAAUAGGAAUUAAAGAAAAACUUGUUUGGCCAUCACGCUUCCUCGCCCUCAGCUGUUUGG